CUGACUGUGUUAAAACUUCGGCGGGGCCAUUUUGGGGGCAGUAAGACCCAGCGCGGGCCCGAGGGACAUCUGCCGCCGCUGCGCACCCGCAUACACCCUGCCCACCCUCCCGCCACCAUGAGCGAGGCGGCGGAGACCACCACUACCACGGCCACCCCGGCGCCUGCCCCCACCACUACCACCAGCAGCACCCCUGCGCCCGCCGCCGCGCUGGCUGCAGCCCCCGACGUCCCGGACGCCAAACCCAAGAGCCCCGUCAGCGCCGCCGCGCCGGGCGCGGCCGUUGGUGAGGCGGCUCCCGGCGCUGCUACUGCUGCCGCCACCGCCAACACCGCCGCAAACACCGUGCCCGAGACGGAGAAGAAAGUGCUGGCCACCAAAGUUAUUGGCACAGUCAAAUGGUUCAAUGUCAGGAAUGGAUAUGGCUUUAUCAACAGAAAUGAUACCAAAGAAGAUGUGUUUGUUCAUCAGACAGCUAUAAAGAAAAACAACCCACGGAAAUACCUGCGCAGCGUUGGUGAUGGAGAGACUGUAGAAUUUGAUGUGGUCGAGGGAGAGAAGGGUGCAGAAGCAGCUAAUGUCACUGGUCCAGGUGGAGUCCCUGUAGAAGGCAGCCGCUAUGCUGCAGACCGACGCAGCUAUCGACGGGGCUAUUUUGGCCGACGCCGUGGACCCCCUAGAAGUGGUGGUGAGGGAGAAGUCAAGGAUGGGGUCACAGAAGGAGGACAACUUCAUCAGCAAGUCCAUAGGAAUCCUACAUAUCGUCCCCGCUACCGUAGAGGACCCCCACGUCCACGUCCUGCCCCAGUGGCUGGAGAAGCUGAAAACAAAGAGAACCACCAUGAGGCCAGUGCUAUGAGUCAGCAGCCCCUGCGCCGUGGCUAUCGGCGCCCCUACAACUACCGGCGUCGGCCUCGGCCUCCCAGUGCUCCAACUCAGGAUGGGAAAGAGGCAAAGGUGACUGAAACACCUGCUGAAAAUCCUGCUCCAGUGACUGAGCAGAGUGGUGCAGAGUAAAGUCUGGCUCCCCAGGCACCUUUACCAUCACUCAGGUGUCCUAAAAUACUACUCAAAUGUUAACACCAAAGAAACAUAUAAGCAAUAAAAUUGUCAACAGUGGUGACGAAAGCAAAGAUUUGAAACAACGGAACUUAAAGUUAUUAACCAGCAGCUGAUAUCCAGGGAACGUCUGCAAGAUAGAUGUGUGAAGAGAAAAAGAGAGCGAGAUUCAGAAAGAGCAACCUCCCCUGUUUCAACAGCAGCUGUGGGGUUUUGGGUUUUUUUAGAAUUUCACUGUUUCACUAGUAUGAAUCUUUCAAUUUUUCUUUUGGUAUCAAAAUGAAAAGGGAAAAAAAAACCCAACCAAUGAACUGAAAUUGAAAUCAAAGGCUUUUUUUUAUUGGAUGCUGGUGCUAAACCUCCCAAGUGUGAUGAGGUUUUUCUUUUUCUGUGCCAGUCCUGUUCACAGCAGGACAUGGGGAGGAGAAAUUUUCGCUUUCCUUCUAUUUGAAACUGUGCAGCAUGGGUGACGUUCCUCACAAAUAAAAGUGUUGAAAUGCA